AUGCGUUGGGUCCCGCUGGAGUUGGGCCGCGUCGCAGAGGUCGGUCCGCAGGUCGACACGGCGAUCAACACCUACACCGCACUGCAGCGGCAGCUUGCGUGGCGGGGGACAUUGAACCCUGCGCAGCUCACGCUGGCACUGAUGGCACUGCGACGCUCGUUUGCGGCGCGCCUUGAGGACAUGACGGCGUUCUACCAGGCGAACGAUCUUGACCCGCGCAGCGGUGCAGUGGAGGCGGCACGCCUCAAACUGAAGCGCUUCUUACGCACCAUCGACUCCUGCGGCGCCACAGACGAGGGGGAUACGGGGGCGUUUGUGCUGCUGGACUCACCGGAUAGGGCAGACCCUGCCGCGGCGACUAUAGAGGCAACUAGCAAAGAGGCAGCAGAAGGAAUAGCGGCGGAGGAGGCACGGGAGGGCACGGUGACGCUCCGGGUGGUUUUGACAGCGGAGGAGUACGACGAGCUUCUCGCCCGGCGCGAGGCGUUUCGUCAACUGAAGUUGGAUUCUAUGCUCUACAAGCGAUAA